CUCUUUUGACGGUUAUGUCUAUUCUCAAAAUUUCUUCAAAUCUUCAAUGGUCAAUAUUCAAAUCCUAACUCCUUCUUCCUAAUAUGCAACAACACAUUAACUUUCUCUCUCUCUAUUCAGUUUGAAUGCUUCUCUCUUAGAAUACUAUUUUCUUGGGUCUAACUUUGAACACACUGAUUCCUGUGUAUGAAACCAAGGACCCCGACCCUGUUCUUAUACAUAUAUAUCACAACUCACACAUGAGACAUGACAUAUAUCUCUGUGAUUCUCUGUAAUAUAUAACUACACGAGCAAACCCUUUUGAAGAUCAUUGAAUAUUCUUUCACCAGAAACCUCAAUUCAAAUUGCAGAAACAGUUUUGGCUUCUAUAUUCAGGUUGCUAGAGAUGGUGUUGGGAUGGAGAAGGAGGAAGGGAAACAGCAAGCACAAAAAAGGUGGGAAACCGAUGAUGGAGUUGGUGGUUCCGAACUCCUUCAGGUGUCCAAUUUCUCUCGACAUGAUGAAGGAUCCUGUGACGCUGUCGACUGGGAUAACCUACGACAGGGAGAAUGUGGAGAGGUGGUUCGAAGAAGGGAACAUCACAUGUCCAGUUACCAACCAGGUUGUGAGAAACUUCGACAUGAUUCCAAACCAUUCUCUCAGGAUAAUGAUCCAAGAUUGGUGUGUGGAGAAUAGGCAACACGGGGUGGAGAGGAUUCCAACACCAAGAAUACCAAUCAGCCCAAUUGAGGUUGCUGAGCUUCUGAUGCAGGUGAAGAACUCAGCAAGGCGUUUGGACCAAUAUGGCUGUGUUGAAUUGGUGCAGAAAAUGAGGAAAUGGGGUGGGGAGAGUGAGAGGAACAAGAGGUGCAUAGUGGAGAAUGGGGCACCUGUGGCAUUGGCUUCAUCGUUUGAUGCAUUUGCCAAUGACUCAGUGGAGAGAAACGUGGUGGUUCUUGAGGAGAUUUUGUCAGCACUGAAUUGGAUGUUUCCACUUCAACUUGAGGCACACAAGUGCCUGGGAUCUCUGGCUUCUCUGAGGUGCAUGGUUUGGUUCUUGAAGCACCAAGAUCUCUCAGGGAAAGAGAAAUCCAUUGUGGCAUUAUCAGAGCUUCUUUCCUUUGGUGAUGUGCAGCAUGUUGAGGCCUUGUCACAGAUUGAAGGGGUGAAUGAACUCUUGGUGGAGUUCAUCAACAAGAAAAUUAGUCCAACCAUCACAAAGGCCUCAUUGAGGGUGGUUUGGUACUUGGUCUCAUCAUCAUCAUCAUCUUCAAAUUCCAGUGAGAAAAUGAAAUUUUCAUUUGUUGAACUGGGUUUGGUUUCUUCUUUGCUUGAGAUUCUCAUUGACUCAGACAAGAGCAGGUAUGAGAAGGCUUUGGCCAUUUUGGAUUCUCUAUUUACCUCUGAAGAAGGAAGAAACAUAGCAUGUGGGAAUGAUCUAACAGUUCCUCUUCUGGUGAAGAAAAUUCUGAGAGUUUCACCUUUGAGCACAGACUAUUCUGUCUCUGCCCUUUGGAAAUUGUGCAAGUUUGGAGAAAAAGAUGAAGGAAGAAGCAUUGUUGAGGCCCUUCAAGUUGGUGCCUUUCAGAAGCUCUUGCUGGUGUUGCAGGUUGGUUGUGGUGAAGAAACCAAGGAGAAAGCCACAGAACUUCUCAAGUUGAUGAACCCUUACAGGGCUGAAUUGGAAUGCAUAGACUCAGAUUACAAGAAUGUUAAGAGAUCAUUUUAACUUCAUUAGGCUGCUUCUUAUUUCUUCAUUACAAGUUUUGUCUUUAAUCAUUAUGUGUAACAUUUUUUUUUGCCUAAAGAUUGCAUCUCUACAAUCUGUGUCAUGGCAUGGGAUUCCAAGAAUCCAAAAGUAGAUAGGGAAAUACAAAUUAUUCUUUUUGUA